ACCAGAAUGCAACGCGUGCGAAUUUUAUACAGGGGUGGAAUUUUCCGAGAGGCGUAGUUGGGUGACCUGCAAGACGUGAGAACUCCAGUCUAACACACAAACGUAGCUAUAAACGAUUCAUUGAAACGCCUUUAAGCGGUUGCUAGAAAUACGCAAUACUUUUAGUUUUUUGACAUGGCAAACUACAUCCACGUACCAGAAGGAGUUCCCGUUGUUCCCAAAUUUAAGGUCACUGUAGACGAGAAUGAUUUCAGAUCGGGAGCAUUGAAACUGAUGAAGGAAUUGAGACCCCAUUGGAAACCAUCAGAGGUCAAAAUGAAGUGCUUCACUGAUGGCAUCACCAACAAGCUGAUUGGCUGCUACGUGGGCAGCGUCAUGCAGGAGGUGGUCCUGGUGCGUAUCUACGGUCACAAGACGGAGCUCUUCGUGGACCGAGAGAACGAGGUGAAGAGCUUCCGCGUCCUGCAGGCGCACCGCUGCGCCCCUCGCCUCCACUGCACCUUCACCAACGGCCUCUGCUACGAGUUCCUGCAGGGCACCGCCCUGGAGCCCGAGCACAUCCGCAGCCCCUCCAUCUUCAGGCAAAUUGCACAGCAGCUCGCCAAGUACCAUGCAAUCCACGCGCACAACGGCUGGCUGCCCAAGUCCGACCUGUGGCUGAAGAUGGGGAAGUACUUCUCCCUGGUGCCCACUCACUUCCCGGACCCUGGCCAGAACCACAGGUUCUCCCAGGAGGUCCCGAGCGCGGAGUGCCUGAGGGAGGAGAUGCUGUGGCUGCAGCAGAGUCUGUCUGUGCUGGGCUCCCCCGUGGUCCUGUGCCACAACGACCUGCUGUGCAAGAACAUCAUCUACAACCAGAGCGCAGGUAAUGUGAAGUUCAUUGACUAUGAAUAUGCUGGCUACAAUUACCAAGCCUAUGAUAUUGGGAACCACUUCAAUGAGUUUGCAGGUGUGAAUGAAGUGGACUACAGCCUUUAUCCCGGGCGAGACCUCCAGCUGAUGUGGUUGAGGGCCUACCUGGAGGCCUACAAAGAGCACAAAGACCAGUGCGCAGAGGUCUCCCCCACAGAGGUGGAGGUGCUGUAUGUGCAGGUCAACCGCUUUGCCCUGGCCUCCCAUUUCUUCUGGGGCCUGUGGGCUUUAAUCCAGGCCAAGUACUCCACCAUUGACUUUGAUUUCCUGGGGUAUGCCAUCUUACGCUUUAACCAGUACUUCAAAAUGAAGCCGGAAGUAACGGCUCUGCCCUUCCCCUGAAAAACCACCGUGAAUCCGAACAGGUUGACCCACUCUCACACGCAGGGCCUCCUGCAGGUGGCUGCCCUGAUCUACACACAAACAUUCUCUCACCUGUGGAUAAGGCUGCAUAACACUGGACGGCAUAGAACCCCCGGACCUGGGAAUCACACACUCCAUUCUGUAUUAACGCCGAAAUCACGUCCUACACGAUUGGCUUUCUCUAAACCCCGGCAUCAUUCAUUGCACUCCUGCAUUGGCUGUCGACAAAAUGCAAAAACUAGCAUGGUCAGCUUUUGGUGUGAAUUCCAAACAUCGUUCAUUUGCAUGGCCGAUUCUGUGUAAGUCCCAACGCCACGUAUCGCGUGGUCGGUAGUUUGGAAACCCCCAGAACCAUGCAUCGCACGGUCACUUUUACAUAAGCCCCCAGAAUCCUGCAUUACAGUCAGGCCUGUGAAUAGCCCAGCACCAUGCACUGCGCGGUAAAAUCUGAUACCUCUCUGUCACAGACACACACACACAGACAGACACACAGGCACUCACACCGACACACACACAUGCACUCGCACUCAAUCACACAUGUGCACACACACACACACACACACACACACGCAUGCUGACGUACUACUCCUCACUGUGAGAGCUGACACUGUCACUUACUGUUCUGGCUGAAAUUCCUCUCUGAAGUUGGGGCAGCAUGGGCGAGAGGGUAUCGGUUUUACAUUUCCUUUUUAACGGCUCGCUCGCCGUGCGAUAUCCUUGCAUGCACAGAUAUAGUUUGCACACACAGCCGGCGUCAUGUCCUAUAUAAAGACAUGCAUCCCCCCCCCCCCCCCCCCCCAAAAUUUGUACUUGCUGUCCCAACUGAAAGAGUUACGCUUUGGAGACCAAAGACCGGUAUGGUUGUGUAUGUGAAAGAUGUUUCCUGCGCUGUGGUCCACAGGCUGCCCUUCGUCUCCUCCGCGUUGUAAAGGCCUAGCUUCCUCCCAUCUGUCUGUUGCGUCUCACUUUUUAACACGGUGCUAGGCUGAAGAGAUUUCUUUGCAAUAAGAACGUUUACCUUCUAGAUGGACCCUACACCAAAGUGCUGAUAUUUGUUUUUGCUUGUAAAUAAUGCAUAUUUCUAUAAAAAGAAAAACGACAGUAUUGUAUCAUUUUUACAAUUUAAACCUAGCAUUUUUAUACAUAUUGUAAUGAAAAAACAGUCUUGUCUCUCGUGCUGAUGACUGGGAACGUCUGAUUGGUGUAGUCUGAGCCAGGUGUGUGUCAUUCAGAGCAGAGGCCUUGAUGAAGACCCCACUCGCCCCUUUUCCUAGCCUAGCCCAGCUACGCGCUGUCCCUUCCGCAGCCAGGAUGGGACACCGCCAUACCCUGAGCGAGGCACCCCCGUGUGAACUGCUUCUGUCAAUGUCCAGCUCCAUGAACGGAUAGUGUGUAAAAUACUGUAUAAAAUGUAAAUGGCAGAUGUGGGCCUUUGUCAAGUAAAAAGAUCGCUUUCGUUCCAGCAAAUGUAGCCCUUAACAUUUAACAUAGUCCAGCAAUAAGAUCAGGUUUACUGUAAAUAGUGAAAAUAUGAGGGCCUGCUUACUGGAUAGGUGUACAUUUAUAGUUUUACUGAGGUUACUGGGGAUCAGUGUGGCCUUGCCACACACAACUGGGUGAAAUGUUAAGCGCUUAAAUGGCCUCUUUUUAAAAUGAACCUGAAAGGCGGCAAGUAGAGGCUGACACUCCUGUUACAGGGUCGGAUAGUGUGUAGAAUCAUCUCUGACGAAUGCCCGUGUAUGCAUUAUGUGUUCACGAAUGAAUUUUAAAACGUCCUCAAGAAGCGAAUACAGUGGCCUCACAGCCGAAUCACCAUUGCAUUUGGACUCCAUUCACAAACUCCUUUCCAGACAUGCAAGUGCAGUUUUAGACCCGUUUAACUUCAUAGAACAUGCUUCAUCGUGAAUGUCUUCUUUGCCAUGUGUAGCAUGUGUGUACAAGUACAUUUGAGUAUGUGCAAUAUAAUGGUGUUAUGCGAGUUACUGUAAAUACUCUCUGGCCCUCUUUAAGAAACUAAUAUAAGAACCUGGAUCAAACUGUGAAAUAUUGUUAUGCUUAAAAAUCCAGUUGAUGUAAAUGGAAAUAAAGUCUAAAUCAUAGAUGUCUUUCCACUGAAAGUG